CACGUUGGACCACGUUGUUUGAUCGAAGUACAUAAAAUGACGAAGGUAUUGAAGAGAAAGCAACAGGAAGAAGUGGAAAAAGAAAAUGAACCGAAAAAGAUAAUGUCAGAUGAACCUGCUGCUAAAAAGUUCAUCUAUCAAUCAAAAAUCAAAAUUUAAAAAAAUAUAAUUUUUCUUAUAGAUAAAAUGGAUCAACAGACAACGAGUAUUGGUCUUUGCUACUUGAGGUAUCAAUCAUAGGCAUCGACAUCUUAUGGAAGAUUUGAAAAAGCUAAUGCCACAUCAUCGUCCAGAAUGCAAGAUGGAACGCACUAAAAACUUACAAGUAGUGAAUGAAAUGUGCGAGAUGAAGAAUUAUAACAAGGCUAUUUUGUUUGAAGGACGAAAAAAGCUCGAUCUUUAUGUAUGGUUUGCUAAUGUGUCCACUGGUCCAAGUGCAAAAUUUCUCAUAGAAAAUAUUUACACAAUGGGAGAACUGAAGAUGACAGGAAACUGUUUAAAGGGAUCACAGCCAUUAUUAUCCUUUGAUGAAAAAUUCACCACACAUGCACAUUACAGUCUUUUGAAAGAGCUAUUAACGCAGAUUUUUGGUGUGCCAAAUCAUCAUCCUACAAGUCAGCCAUUCUUUGAUCAUGUGUACACGUUCAGCAUUCUGGACAACAGGAUAUGGUUCAGAAAUUUCCAAAUUUUGACCGAAGAUGGUGGAUUAGCUGAAAUUGGACCAAGGUUUGUCCUGAACCCAGUCAAGAUAUUUGCUGGAAGUUUCGGUAAUGAUACUUUAUGGGAUAAUCCACAUUAUAUUUCUCCUGCCAAGUAUCGGCAAUCAUUGACGAAGAAAGCUGCCAAUAAAUACUUAAACAGAGUGGAACAGAAAAUGGCACAAAAGGCAAACAAGCCUGAUGAAUCUUAUGCACUUAAUCCUACAGAUGAGAUAUUUAAGGGUGAUGUAUUGGAGAAAGCAAAGGAAAUAGAAGAAAAACUUGAGACAUUUGAUAAAAGUGAAAAUAUGGAAAAGAUUAUGAAAAAAGAUAAAGGAAAGAGCAAGGAACGAGCGCGGCAGUGGAGAUACGUCGAGCGGCGCCGUACGUAUAUUUCGCCCGCUGCACCGGGAUACGUACACGCACCUUCAGCAGCAGCGUAUAUACCCGCACCGCUGGUAGCACCAGGGUAUAUGCCCGUACCGCUGGUAGCACCAGGAUACAUGCCCGCACCGCCGGUAGCACCAGGAUAUGUGCCCGCACCGCCGGCAGCACCAGGAUACGUGCCCGCACCGCCGGCAUCAGCCUACAUGCUCGCACCGCCGACAGCACCAGGAUACGUGCCUGCUUCGGCGGCAGCACCAGGAUACGUGCCCGUUCCGGCGGCAGCACCAGGAUACGUGCCCGCUCCGCCAGCAGCACGAGGAUAUGUGCCCGCUCCGCCGGCAGCACCAGGAUACAUGCCCGCUCCGGCGGCAGCACCAGGAUACGUGCCCGCUCAACCAGGAUUUCUACGUUAUUUCUAAAUUUUGUACAAAUCUUGUACAAGGCACUCUUA